AUGAGGUGCAGUGUUCAAAAUUGUACAAAUGAUACGAAGCGUACAACCAAAAGCCAUGGAAUUACGUUCCAUAUGUUCCCGAAAGAAACGAAUCUACGUACUGCAUGGAUUGAAGCACUUGGCGUGUUGGAUUGGGAGCCACGCGAUCGUAGCACUAUUUGUUCUGAGCACUUCCGCAACGAGGACUUCUAUCAGACAAAGUGCGGGUUGAGGAAGAUAAAAAAUGGCGCUGUUCCUGUUGUUCUUCAGGACUCCAGUGAAGACCUCGACGCGCCAGCGGCUUUUUUAAGGGCAAGUGAAUUAUCAUAUCAAUUAUAUAUAAAAUAA